CGGGAUGCGUCGGCGGUGCUGCCGGAGUGCUGGUAGGACACCCAUUUGACACGGUUAAGAUGACAGAUAAGCCUCAUCACGGGAGAGUUACCUAGUAAGUAUAGCCCAGGUGAACACUUCUGUUUCUCUCAGUCUUGAUUUAUUCCCAAAUGUAUUGGUACAAAUAAAGACUUAAAAGACUUUCAAAGCAUUUUCCCUUUUUAGUUUUAAAUUAAUAUGUCCCUCUCCUACAGCUAUGUCUUGGAGGGAGUGGGGUUUAAAUAUCCCUUUUUGCUUGUAUGUUUUUUGGAUUUGAAGUUUUGUUCUGAAUCUUCUUUCUGGUAUGCAUUUCUAACUACAUACAUGUCCAUAUACAAUGGAUCUAAAACUGGAUCUCAGGCACACUGUUAUUGAGGUCUUACCUUGUCUUUGGAGGACAUUUUCAUUGCUGAAACACUUACAGACCACUUACUCAUUUUGCACAUUAUUAAACAUUUGGACAGUUCUGGGAGUGUGAUACUUUUUGCUUAGCCUAGAGUACAUUUAUGCAAGCCUUUACUGAUUUGAAAUUACAGUGUGUUACUAUUAGAUCUAAAACCUUAGAAACAGUGGUUUCAAAUAAGAAGGAAACAACAAUAUUGGGCAACAAAUAAAAGGGGGUUAAAUGUUGCACAUAGUUCAUCCUUCCUAUACUUGUACCCAUUCAAGAACUUGUUGAACAUGGUAUUAAGAUUCAUGAAAUAAAGUUUCAUGUGCAAUCAUUGCCUUUACCUGGCAAUGUCUCCAUGUGGGCAUCCCUAUGUGGUCAUUGCCAUGCUCAGAGGAAAGAGACCUGGAGCAUCAUCAAUACUCUAAAUAUUUUAUCAUACAACAAGAUUUAACUGGUUGAUGUUUUACAAAUUAUUUAGACAGAAAUAUUGGGAGCUGUUUGUCACUUGGAAAUUCAUCCUAUAUACAGAGUGACUAAUUCUAAACUGCUAAAGACAAGCAUGUAUAAAAGUUAAACGUAAGGAGGUCUCCCAAACAUCAUACAACUUGAAUUGCAUAGACAGGGUUUGAAACAAUAUUAGCAAAUUAUAAAUGGAGUAAAAGAUUCAUUUUGUGCAAUUCUGACAGCUGUUAAGAUUUAUGACUUUGCCUGUAGGUCUACUUCUUGAGCAGUUUUAGCAAUCUGCCUGACCCCCAGCUAUCACUUUGAGUAACAAAGGACUCGUUUUCUUUGAAUUCUACUAUCAGCCUACUUUUAAGAAUUUCUAAAACCCUGCUUUCUAUCUUGAAAGACCUGAGGUGGUGCCAGACUCCCAGUCUGGCUUGCUUACGCUAAAGUUUUGAUUUGAGAAACAUAAAAUAACAUUUAAUGCUUUUCCUAUUCCUACAAAAUAUAUUUUUUUUUUUUGUCUCAAAGAAACUUAACAUCAAAUCCUUUUCUAGACCCACAUUAUCUUAUGGGUCUUUUAUUGUUGUGGUGGUGUUUAUUAUUACUUGAGGCAGAGAUUUAAAAAAAAUACAGUCAAGAAUCUCUCAUUUAGACCUGAUAAUCUUUUGUUCAGAAUAAGAGUCUUGAAGAUUUUUGCCCUGGAGUUGUAGCAUCAGCAUUAAGUGGUUGAUAAGCAUCUUUUCUGAGGAACACCACAGCUUUCCUUGCUGGAGAUACAAGACAGAUUUCCAGCUUCUCCAAUCCAGUGAAACUGAUUUAUUGAGGUUAUUGCAGUGUAGGACUUUGCAUGACCUAGGUAGCUUUGAGGCUUUUGUUUGUUUGUUUGAAAUGUGUUGAGGACAAAUCAGCAAUAAAAUAAUUAGACUUUGCCAUUAAAUAUUAAAAAGACCCAUCUGGGCAGUUGAUUUGUGUCCUAAUAUCACCAGUUAGCCAGCAGAAAGUACCAUUUCAGUUUAGGAAAAGUUAACCAAUUACCAGCAUUAAUGCUUUUGAAAGAGCUACACUCUCACAAAUUGUUUGCAUUUAGAAGUUGCAAAAAAAAAAAAACCCAAACCAAACGACCAGAGGGCAAGUGGCCUUUCAUUCUUUCUGUAUGCAAGGUAAAAAAGAUCUUAAAGAUCUCUUCCCAGGUGGCCUCUGAAAAAGUAAAUAAAUCAGGUCUCAGCGAACAGACUGAAGUCUGGUAGCCAAAACCACCAUGGGUGGGGGUGUUGAGAGUCUCUAUCCUGUUUGCAAUUAUCAUUAAUCUAAUGCUUGCCUUGCAAAUUAUUGUCUCAGGUUUGUACAGAUAGACCUUGGUGUGAGCAGAAGCAUUCUUGGCAGCUAAAGAAAGUACUUAUUGUAGGCACUUCAAUCUGAAAUCCUAGAUAAGUGUACUCUGUUGUACUUCCACAGACUCUUAUUCUACUAUCCACAAGAAGUUAAGAACACUUUUCCCUUCAUGUUUUCAACCACUAAAUUAAUUCAAAAAUAUAUAUAUAUUAAGAAAUUAUUUUGUCACCUCUUUUGUCCAGUGCCUAGUUUCUACAUAUGUAUUGCUAUAGCAAAUCUACAUACAGACACAAAAGACAGUAGUUUACCAAUUAGGCUGCUCUUGACAUACAAAUCAGUAUCUCAUACAAAUUUUUAUAGGUUCGUCUACAAGUUCAAAGUGUAGAGAAACCUCUCUACCGUGGGACCUUCCAUUGCUUUCAGUCCAUCAUAAAGCAAGAAUCUGCUUUUGGACUCUAUAAAGGUAUUGGGUCACCAAUGAUGGGACUGACCUUCAUUAACGCGCUUGUGUUUGGUGUACAAGGAAACACUCUGCGUGCUCUUGGGAAAGACACUCCUCUAAACCAGUUCCUUGCAGGGUCAGCAGCAGGGGCUAUCCAGUGCAUCAUCUGCUGCCCCAUGGAGCUGGCAAAGACAAGAAUGCAGCUUCAAGGAACAGGUGAAUACAAACUGAAAACAAAGAACUACAAAAAUUCUCUGGAUUGUUUGAUCAAAAUCUACCAAAAGGAAGGGCUGAGGGGUAUCAACAGGGGCAUGGUCUCUACAUUCAUAAGAGAGACUCCAAGCUUUGGCUUUUACUUCCUGACCUAUGACUGUAUGACCAGGUAUUUAGGCUGUGAAGCUGAAGACAGUUACGUUAUUCCCAAACUGCUGUUUUCCGGGGGCAUGUCAGGUAUUGUGUCCUGGCUCUCAACGUAUCCUGUGGAUGUGAUCAAAUCCAGGCUUCAGGCCGAUGGAGUGGGAGGUGUUACACAAUAUAAUGGCAUUUUAGACUGCAUCAGAAAGAGUUACCAUGAAGAAGGCUGGAGAGUGUUCACGAGAGGUCUUACUUCCACACUUCUCCGUGCUUUUCCUGUCAAUGCAGCAACCUUUGCUACUGUUACCGUGUUCCUAAUGUAUAUGAAGUCAGAAGACAGCCUUCGUGAAUGUGAACCAGGUCCAGUAAUUCAGCAGCCUUCCAGUUUGUGAACCUUAGCUGCUUGUUCUCCUGAUCCAAAGCUGUGCUGGUUGGGUCUUUUAAAACGUAAACCUGCACAACUGGUAUAAACGUGCUAUCUGUAUAAAGGAUUCCUAAACAUGCCAAAUUAGGAUUUCAUCUCAUUACUUGUAUAAACAGCACACCGCCUUAGUAAGGACUUCAUAUCUAGUUGUAUCCAACUGAGAUGGGGACCUGCCUUUAGGAAGUACUGUACAGUCACUGUUGCAGCUCUGGAAGAGGAUCUGGACAGUGUUGUUGUACCAGAAACCAGGUUUUCUUCCACUUGUGUUCUGAAAGACUGAGUUGAGUUGAAUCUGGAAAUGUUUUGAGAAAGGAAAUGCUCUUUUUGUAUGUUACAGGAAUAAGUAAGUCCUCUGAGGUGAAGUAGGGGGAGGAAAUUAAAUGUUAGAUGCAUCUUGCAGGUAACCCCAGAAUGUUUAAGCUAGCAUUCAGCUAGUCAUCUGUUUUGUUUUCCUGCUACUUUUAUAGGUCAGUGGUUUUAGUAGCAACUUUGUUCAUAUCAGUUUGCUAAAAAAGAAGAAAAACUAUUUGUUCUUAAGCUACUCCCUUUUCAGCUUUGAAUUCAUGUCUUAAGCACAGAGUUAGUAUCUGCACUCAUAUGCACUUAUUCCUUUAAAUCUCAAGGCUUAUAGGGAUACUCACAUUUAGUAAGAUCAUCGUUGUUUGCCUUCACCUCUGUUCCUGAUUAGGUGGGUGCCCAGAUUGUAUUGGCUAGAUUCAGCGCAAGUAGACUUUGUUAAUGCAGCUUUGUGCCACUUUUCCCAACAUGCCCCAUAGGAGUCAGUGAUGUACAGAAGUCAAAGUCCUACCUGUGUGGUGUUGCACAAAACAUUUGUGGGUUCAAUGUUAGCUUAGCAGCUUGAAGUACUGCAGAAAUCUGUACGUAUUUAGAACUGGAGGUUCUAAACAGAAGUGUUAAGUGUCUGAAAGAGGAUUGGUGUUCAGUAUACUCUUACCAAUCUAAACAAUCCUGAUUUUUUAUGUGUUUAGUUACAGUGCUACUGGAAAGACUGAAAAGAGCUUUGGAGAAUUUUCUUGUUACACUAACCUGCUGUAUUUUUUUUUGUUUGUUCUUUUAAGCAGUCUAUUUGAGAAGCAUUCAUUAGUUCGAGAGCUAUAAACAGUUACUUAAGAUUUGGAGUAAGAACGACACAAAUUUGGCACACAGAGCCAGGAGGAAGGAGUGCAUGUGUGUGAGGAAUGUUCAAAAAUGUAUCAGAAUAGUUCAGUAAGUAGAACUUGUUACACUUUUGGGUUGGGACAAGUGCAAUAUGUGUUUAAUUUAUACGAAUUUUCUAAAGAAACCUUAUUUCAUAGCAUUUUGCACUGUAACAAACUAUGCUGGAGAAACCUGUAAAACUGGUAUGUCUUUUUAUACCUUGGAGGUAUGUUGGAUGUUUUAGUGCCUACUUGCACUGAGAUUCAAAUUGAAUGUAAAAUCUGUCUACUAAGCUGCAUAUGCACAACAACUCACAGCAAAGACCAUUUACACCUUUGUACAGUAGUCUGUAAUUAUUGUGUAUAAAAUUGAGAGAAUAAAUUUUGUAAAAAAUUUAA